UUGAAAAAAAUAAAACCGAAAAGACCUUGAUGUCCCCAUGAAAAAUAAACGAUUUUUUUCGCGUAUUGAAGAGUCCGUGCUGCGUGCUUGCGUUGCAUCUCUAAUUCUAAAUAGCCGGCUUCAAAAUCCCAGCAGAAAUCGACUCUCCUACUCUGCUCAGCGUUCUUUGAACUAAUAACAACUUAUUUAAGCGAAACCGGCUAUGGAGAACGGUGAAAUCCCUGAAAACGCCAAUGAACAUUGCCCAGGUCCCCAGUCAGAGUCUGCAGGAAAAUCUGACACCUGCCGAGGAUGCCCUAAUCAAGAAGCUUGUGCUACUGCUCCUAAAGGCCCCGACCCAGACUUGGUUGCUAUUGCUGAAAGAAUGGCUACAGUUAAGCAUAAGAUAUUGGUUCUAUCAGGUAAAGGUGGAGUUGGAAAAAGCACAAUCUCUGCACAGCUCUCAUUUGCAUUAGCGGCUAUGGACUUCCAAGUUGGUCUCCUGGACAUAGACAUUUGUGGCCCCAGUAUCCCGAAGAUGCUUGGCCUAGAAGGUCAAGACAUUCACCAAAGUAACCUUGGUUGGUCUCCUGUUUAUGUGGAAUCCAACCUUGGGGUUAUGUCCAUUGGAUUUAUGCUCCCCAACCCUGAUGAAGCUGUCAUAUGGAGGGGACCUCGGAAGAAUGGACUCAUCAAGCAAUUUUUAAAGGAUGUAUAUUGGGGAGAGAUUGACUUUUUAGUUGUUGAUGCACCGCCGGGGACCUCAGAUGAGCACAUCUCUAUUGUCCAAUAUCUCCAGGCUACAGGAAUUGAUGGUGCAAUCAUUGUAACUACACCUCAACAGGUUUCUUUGAUUGAUGUGCGGAAAGAAGUAAAUUUUUGCAAGAAAGUUGGAGUUCCAGUUCUUGGAGUUGUUGAGAACAUGAGUGGCUUAUGCCAGCCAUUAACAGAUUUCAGAUUCAUUCGGGGAGCAGAGAACGGUGAGCAGAUAGAUGUGACAGAGAAUGUGAUAAAGUAUAUGAGAGAAAAGGCACCGGAAAUGUUGGACUUGCUUGCCUUGAGUGAAGUAUUUGAUACAAGUGGUGGCGGUGCAGCAAAAAUGUGCAUGGAGAUGGCAGUACCUUUUCUUGGUAAGGUACCUCUGGAUCCAAAGCUUUGCAAGGCGGCCGAAGAAGGAAGAUCUUGCUUUGCUGAUCAGAAAUGUGGGAUUAGUGUGCCUGCAUUGAAGAGUAUCAUUGAUAAACUACUGGCCGCAAAUCAGUGGAAUCAAGAACUGCAAAUGAAUGAGUAAAGACGAUUGUUCAUCGCGGAUUAUGUUUGCUACCUGAUUGCAGUGAAUCAUUUUUGUUUUUUACUUUGUUUAGAACUUAUUUACAGUUUUCGUUAAGAGUUUGUCCUAAAGCUGCUCAACUUGCCAUGGAUCUUUGUGGUGGUUGGUAUUUUAACUGUCUUGUAUUAUAAGAAGAUCCUUGUAUCUGAAUUAUUGAUAAAGAACUUGAUUUUGAUGCUUUUCGCACUGAGACUGUAACAGAAUUUUGGGUUGUCACUAGUUUAAUUUUAUGAUUCAAUGAUUUAAUAUUGGUUUA